AAUAAGAUGGACAUUUUUGGUCUUGCUGUCAAGAGAGCAAGGUUUAAUUAUGGAAGAUUACUCAAAGAAUUAGGUCUCCAACUAGACAGAAAAGGGUGCAAGCUUUCUUAUAAUAUAGCACCAUACCAAGAGCUGAGUAGGCAUCAGACUGUGCAUCCUCUCUAUGCUCAUACUGCAGAUAUUAGAAAUUCAUGGAUUGCUCCUAAUGCUCAUUUGCUUGGAAGAGUGAUUGUUUCCCCAUGGGCUACAAUUUGGUAUAAUGCAGUUUUAAGAGCAGAAAUUAACACCAUCAGGAUUGGUCAUUUCUCGUCUAUCGGAGAUGCAACUGUAAUUAACUCAUCAAUUUCGACUCCAGUUAAUGUGCCUCCAAGUGUGAAUAUUGGCAAAAAUGUUAUUGUUGGAGACAACUGCACUAUCAACAGCAGUAUUAUUGACGAUGAAGUCAAAAUUGGAAACAGAAGCUAUAUCGGAGAGGGAGUUGUUAUAGAGAGAGGCGCUGAAAUUCAAGCAAACUCAAUUGUUCCUCCUGGAUCACUUAUCCCAGCUGGGCAACUUUGGGGAGGAAAUACUAUCAAAUAUAUUAGAGAUCUGACUGAAGAAGAAAAAUGGAAUAAUUAUAAUGAAAGCUACACUCAGACAGUUCAGAGCGAAGCAGACGAAGGUUCAUCUUGGCCAAGGUCUUACGUGAAAGAUCUACCAGAACAAGAAGGAACUGAGACUAUUGAGGAAUACACUGAAAGAAAUUACUUCAGGAAAGGAUUAUUCAAUUAA